GGGGGCGUGGCUAAAGUAGCAUACACGCGCUGCGUGAACGUGUUUAAAAACCGAGGCGCGAUGUCUGUCUUCAACGCACUGUUAUGUUGCACACAUUUCCGUGAACAUCAAGAUGAACACAACAGAGACCAGUAAUAAAGUUACAUCUUCUGUAGGUCUUGAUGCCAAGCCAAUAAUAAACAACUCACCUAGAACAGUGUCUCGGCCUGACUGGAUACUCUACGUAGUUCCUGCCUUAGCGUUUGUUAUUGGGAUCUUUCUGUUCACCUUUAUCUGCAAAACACAACGACCCAAGAGACAUGCAAAGCAGAGGACCUACAGAAAUCCACAAGUGGACUGCUAUAACAGCUUUAGGCAUUCAACAGAUUGUUUGCAGAACAUAAAUAUUAACAAGAAAGAUGACACACAGUCUUAUGAGAAUGUAGAGGCGGCCAUAUACACCAAUCAGGAUAAAGUCACAUAUUAUGUUUCUGUAGACCAAGAUUACCUCACCCCUGAUGAAAUGAAGGAGGGAGUGGGGACGCAUCAGGAUACUUUACAAUUGCCUCAAAAUCUGACAGAUACUGACGGGGAGUCUUAUGAGAACAUGGCGAGCUUGUACGCUGAACCUCGCAAAUGUUCACAGCGGCACCCAACAGAGCAAGAAGAGGACUAUAUCAAUCCUGAUGAUGACGGACAUCAGAACCUCACUCAUACAGACACAGAAUCAUAUGAAAUGAUGGCGGAUUCAACCUGUCAGUAUGACAACACAGACGAUUCAUAUGAACAGAUGAACGGAAUCCCUUUCCAGUAAGAGACGGACUGAUGAAAAUAAAUGAUACUGAAAUGAAAUAAACUCUGAGUUGGACACAGUAUUAUUUUAUAUCUGAUUAUUUGAGAGAGUGAAAGAGAGAGAUUAAGAUCAAGUGUGAGGGCCAGAGAGAGAGACUCUAAAUCAUAUUGUGCCUUAUUCAUAAGUGAACUUUAGAGAAAUAUUUUAAUCCCACACCAUCAAGAAUGUGUUAUAUUUA